AUGCCUGGGAAGAGGGGCUGGGGCUGGUGGUGGGCCCGGCUGCUCCUUUGCCUGCUUCUCAGCCUGUCUGGGCCCUGGGUGCCUUCCUCCCUGGGGAAGCCCAAAGGCCACCCUCAAAUGAAUUCCAUCCGCAUAGAUGGUGACAUCACUCUGGGAGGCCUGUUCCCGGUGCACGGCCGGGGCUCAGAGGGCAAGGCCUGCGGAGAACUCAAGAAGGAAAAGGGCAUCCACCGGCUGGAGGCCAUGCUCUUCGCUCUAGAUCGCAUUAACAAUGACCCGGACCUGCUGCCCAACAUCACGUUGGGCGCCCGCAUACUGGACACCUGCUCCAGGGACACCCAUGCCCUGGAGCAGUCGCUGACCUUUGUGCAGGCGCUCAUUGAGAAGGAUGGCACGGAGGUCCGCUGUGGCAGCGGCGGCCCGCCCAUCAUCACUAAACCUGAGCGCGUGGUGGGUGUCAUCGGUGCUUCAGGGAGUUCGGUCUCCAUCAUGGUGGCCAACAUCCUUCGCCUCUUCAAGAUCCCCCAGAUCAGCUACGCCUCCACAGCCCCCGACCUGAGUGACAACAGCCGCUACGACUUCUUCUCCCGCGUGGUGCCCUCGGACACGUACCAGGCCCAGGCCAUGGUGGACAUUGUCCGUGCCCUCAAGUGGAACUACGUGUCCACGCUAGCCUCGGAGGGCAGCUACGGUGAGAGCGGCGUGGAGGCCUUCAUCCAGAAGUCCCGUGAGGACGGGGGUGUGUGCAUUGCCCAGUCGGUCAAGAUACCACGGGAACCCAAACCUGGGGAGUUCGACAAGGUCAUCCGGCGCCUCCUGGAGACCUCGAACGCCAGGGCGGUCAUCAUCUUUGCCAAUGAGGAUGAUAUCAGGCGUGUGCUGGAGGCAGCCCGGAAGGCCAACCAGACUGGCCACUUCUUCUGGAUGGGCUCAGACAGCUGGGGCUCCAAGAUCGCCCCUGUGCUGCACCUGGAGGAGGUGGCCGAGGGUGCCGUCACUAUCCUCCCCAAGAGGAUGUCCGUGCGAGGCUUCGACCGCUACUUCUCCAGCCGCACGCUGGACAACAACCGGCGCAACAUCUGGUUUGCUGAGUUCUGGGAGGACAACUUCCAUUGCAAGUUGAGCCGCCACGCGCUCAAGAAAGGCAGCCAUGUCAAGAAGUGCACCACGCUGGCCACCAAACAGACCUACGUCGCCUACACCAACCAUGCAAUCUAG